ACCUACGAAUGAGGUUGUGCGUCUUCUUCUCUCCCGCGCCAUCCCCUCCGGUCUCAGCGCUGCGGACGACCUCCUCUCGGUGACAGCCCUGCACUACUGGGGCUGUCCGGGUCGUCAGCACUCUCAACGCUUUGCUUCCAUCCUCGGUAACAUGAUCAAUGCUGCCGUAGCAGGUCUGAAGGCGGCUGCUGAUCGCGAGACGAGUAGCGACAACUCCCGUGAAAAAAAGCGAAAUGGUGUUCGGUAA